ACUUUGCCAAUAGUGUUAAAUAUUUGCUUUAAAUUCUUAGCAAAGUAAUAGCAAUUUCUUCGCUGAAGUAAUAAGAAGUUGGUGGUGCAAAAUGUACCGAAACCAAAGUGCAUGAAAGAGCAGAAAAUUAAUAGAGAUUGUAUGGUUGUGUGUGUAAAGUUUAAGAUAAGUGCAUUGAAAAUGUGACUAAAAUAAGUUACCAAUGAAAUAAUCUAUACGAAUAUUUAAAGAGUGCAAUUCUAAACUGGUCGAGGGCAACAAAACAAAUGUGACCAAAAUUACUGUUUUUCUUUACUUUUGGUGAUACAUAUUUACAUAUGUACAUAUUAAGAAUAUGUGAAUAACUGGUGAACGAAAUUAAUUAAAACACAGGGUUGAUCAGUGAAAGAAACAUAUGUGCAAAGUCCAAGCAAACAAGAAGUAACAAAUAUGUUAUGCCCACAAGACGUAUGCAAUGCUGAACAGUGUUUUCCUUGUAAUAAGUGAUCGUAUUAAAGGAACAGGUGUCCAUGGUAUAAAAAUAAAAUUUGAAUGUUUUGGAUAUAUUAUAUGGAGUUAUACGCAAUGUAUCGCAUGACUUCCUUCAAUGAAAGAAAAUAGCUUCAUGCAUACAUUGUUCAUAAAUAAGUAAAAAAUAUCAAGAGCACCGAAACGAGAAGCGAUAACAAAAGAUACCAACCCAUCGUAAAGAUAGUGGCUGCAAAUAUACCUAUUUCCUUUUUUGUGAAAUCAUCAGAGAUAUCAGCUAAUUAAUGUGGAAGCUUAAGAACGAAAAUGGAUUCGCCGAAGAGGGAGAAGGUAAACGUUAUGCAACCACAACACGACGAACAAACGUUAAAUAUACGAAAUACAAUUAAUCAUGCAAAUACGUCCACAAGUUUAAAUAAAAACGAGCAUGAAGUAAAGGGCACAAGCCAAAGUACUGACACUAGUGAAACUUGUCGGGAUGAAGAAUCGAAUUUUUCACCAAUAAACACAAUAACACCACCAAUUAGCAAAUCGGCAGGUGAGAAUUUAACCGAAGCAGCGCCGAAAACCUUUGAAGCUGCGGUUAACAAUAACGAAGAGACUGAAAAUGCGGCCAUGGUGUAUGCUGAUGCUUCAAAGAUGAGCACGGCAACACCCACAAACACAAAUCCUAUUUCGAUACCGAAAGCAAUGGUGAACACUUUAGCAAUUACAGCUAUUGAGGAUCCGGAAAAGAUGCAGCCUAACUCCAUAGUGGGCGAAUUUGCAGUACCAGCCAUACCCGACACCAAGGCAAUCAACAAAGACGGUGGAGUUGGUGGGACUGGUACCAGUGCCAAAAAGAAACGCAAUAAGAGUUCUAAAAAACGAGAGGACAAUAAAACACGCAACAAAGCCAACAGCGCCAACAGCAAUAAUAUUGGCAAAGGCGCCAUAGAUGGGAAUCGAUGCCAGCCUCCAAUAAACGUCAUCGCCUCCGGUUCGGCCAAUAUGAAGGCCUCUGUUUCAAUGACAUCGCUGCCACCGGACGAUGAGAAGUCUGAGGGUCGUGACGUAAUUAAAGCAAAACUAAAUGUCGAACGUCCAUACAACAGUUUAAAAAAAAACAUAGAACGCAAUGCAGUCAACGCUACGUUGGGCGUAAGAACUCACUGCUUCAGUCAAAGUCAAAGCAGUACCAGCAGUUUCGCAAACCACCGCUAUUCUUGGGGCAGCGGAUAUAGUUAUAGUUCGUCAAGCCUACAAAGCAGUGCCACGUUUGGGCUUGGCUCGGCUAAAGACGAUCUUUGGGCUGCCAUACAAACCAACUAUAACUACAUCAUGGACACAAACCUUUUGGAUACAUGCAAAGAGACAGAGCGACAUCUUGCGGAUCACAACGUAGCUAACGGUGUGGAAUGUGAACAAUUGCAUUGCGCUGAGUUGUUGGGUGUAACUCAGCGGCGCGAACUAUCGUGGCACGAUCCUAAAGAAUUACGCAAGUGGCUGCGUGAAAUGGAAGAGCGUCUUGAGUUGGCGCCCACAUUGUCGACAGUUACUACAUUAACGACAGCGGAAUUGGAGCAUUGUUUGGCAGAACACUCGGUGUUAUACCAUGAAAUCGUAUCACAUGCACGAGUGGUAAGCGCCUGCAUACGCUCAGCAACAGAGGAACAUCAAGGGCAGGUGCUACUGCAGCAACAGCAAGAGGAAGAACAACAGCUGCAAUCGAUCGAUAGCGGCAGCACAACAAUCGCAGAGCAAACAAAUUCAUCACUCACAUCCAACGAAGAGACAACUUUGCCAUUAGCCACAGCCAAUGAGCAGAGCAAACACGAAGUGAGCGGUGCUACGAGUAAUAGCGGCUUCGAAACUGCCGAAAAGUCCUCGCUAUCGCCUGGGUCGCCGUUGGUCAGAUCGAAUACGGCAUCACCGGAAAGAGCAGCAGAAACUGAGAUUACUGAAGAUAGUUUGGAGCGAUUGCAGAAUCGUUAUCAUUUACUAUAUUUGAAGGCGUUCGAGGUACAGCUUUGGUUGGACGGAUUGUUGCGCAAGAAAAGUUCGAAUACGAGCAUUGUUAAUGCCGCCGGUUAUAUUGAUGACAACGACAAUGUAAAUUGCCAUUCAUCCGACUGUGAAGAAGACGAGACAGCUGCAACAGAGGACGACCUAAAUAUACUCGGUUCGGGGAUCGAAAGCGAUCUCACACAUAAUUCAUACUCAUUUGGAGAGCUGCGAGAUUGCAUUGAUUUGGUUGAAGAGGGAAAUCACGGCGCCGAAAAGGGUGACUGCGAAGACGGUGACGACGAAGGAGAAGACGAGGACGACGACGAAGUUUCGUUUGGCCGUUCCCGCUUUGGCAAGCCGCCACGAGGCUAUAGCACAGUAUUGGUUACAUUUGAGAAACGCGCCAGUCUUGGUGGUCCAACACGACCGACAACGCUCACUGAUUUCGAGGCUGACUCUGAGAGCAGCGACUGGGAGACAACAGCGCAACAGGUGGUCACUCAGAAGUCAGACCCAAGCCAACUGCAAUUAUUCAACGAAGAUAUUCCAAUCAUUUCAAAGCAAAUCGUCACACCGCCAAUCGAAGACGCAGGCAGCAAGGUCGCUCAAUUACCAUUUGAUAUUCACACCUCGUCCAGUGCAACAUUCGAUAGUUACCUGCAGCAAGAUGACAUCGACGGUUUGAUUGCAACUAAACAGCAUGAAAGCGCGUCAGUCCGCGCAUCGCCAAUUUCGAUGAAAACGAAAACGAAUAUGCUUAACGCAGAUUAUGAAAAUCGCAAACUAGUCUCAAUGAGCGCGUCACAAGUGGCCGCCACAAUCACCACCACCACCACUGCCAAUGAAACUAAUGCCAACUCUGCGGGCACGCAGCCUCCGCAGAAACUUCAAACACUACACAACAACACACCGAUCGGUCUGCCGAUCAAACAAAAGAGCAUCGCAAUCAUAUCACCGAAUAGUCACAACAAUAAAUCGCCGACUGUCUUGCGCAAGCGACACUCACAGCACCACACCGACAUCUCAAAGUUUAAUCGAUCGAAUCGUAAAUCCAAAAAUUGCGCCGUCUUCUACUUCAAACAUCUGGAUACGGACAACGAAACUAACUGCAGCAGCGUGGGCGACGCCGCUGAUUUUAACACCACAGCAGAUGGUUUAUCCUCGUCUAAUUCACAAACAAGCGAACAUCAUUUGUUGAAAUCGGCUGACGCGUCGUCUGAUGACGACGGUGGCUGGCUAUACUCGUCUGUAUUACCGCCACAAAGCGAAGAGGGCGCUGGCGCAUGCGAUGGUGUAGAAAUCGACGAAAAAGGUAACAUCUGCAUCACAACCAUUGUCAUUGAUGGCAUGCAGUCAUCCGCUGUGACAUCCAGUUCAGCAUUAACUACAACACCACCAACAGCGAACCGCGUCAUUAAUGACGACUCAGAUAAGGAGAACAAGGAAGCCCGCGCUGCCACACUCUCCACUGCCGCACUAACCACCUUACCGGUGUCGAAUGCUUGCGCACAAUCUUGCGACAUAAGCUCGGUGCCGUCCUCACAAAAUUGCACACAAAUCGCACACGCCGAAAUACAAUUGACCCCAGUAUCCACAACUUCGACAGCGGAAACGGCACUGUCUGCAGGUCGAUUUAAAGUGAAAAACUUCGCCGCCAGUGGUAGCAGCAGCAGCUACAGCACCAGAAGUAGUAGCUGCUCGUCGAACGAUCUGCUCACCGAGACGACAUCGGCCACUAAUACAACGCAAAUCACACAAAUGCAUUUUCAGCGCGUGCAUCGCACCGAAAUGGAAUUGCAAAUCGACGCCAACGGUAAUAAAUCCAGGCAUAUGACCGCCGAUGGUGCGAGCAGCGCUGUGACCACCAAUAAUUCCCAUAACAAUAAUAAUAACGGUGAUGUUGAUAACUGCAAUGCAAGCAACAACAACGCCAGCAAAAGGGACGACAAUGCAAAUCAUAACGCUAAUAAUAAUCAAAGUAUUGUAUUGCACCAACCGCAGAUGCCCCAACAAGCGCUUACUUCAAGUGAAAAUAAUCAAAAGAGCGAAAUGUCUUAUUCUGUACGCUGGCACCCUAAAACUGUUAUUGAUUCAAGCAAUAAAACUUCAAUGCAACGUCAGCAAAUGCAGAAAAUAGAAAGUAAGACAGUUCUUUUGCCUCCGCGCUCGCCAUUUAAACCGGAAAAAUCACUGCCGUCAACAGCACGAAGCGACAACUUCAACCCAACUAAUGUGACAAAGAGUAAACUCUCGCAUGAAUCAAUCAAACAGCUGGUACUUGAAGCAGAGCAUUUAGUACGUGAUGUCGAAGCACUAAAGACCCCUAAUAAACAGAAGCAAAAGCAUUCCGUCAUCAAAUUGUCGUCAACGGUGAAGAAACGCGAAAUCGCCAUGCCGGGCCCAAUCAAGCAACGUGUGCAAGAAUGGCUGGAGCAUCAGCCAACAUCAUCAACUACCGUCCAGAGUCAUAGAAAUCCCAACGAGGAAUUACAAAGUGGUGUAAAGUCCAAAGCGGGCGAUGACUGUGAAGCGUCGGGUGAAGCUUCGGAAACAGAUUCGGUUCCCCACCCUGGUUCCGAUACUUCAGAAGGGCUAACAGAAUCAAUAGCUACGUGCAUGCAGACGAGCACAAAUUCCUUCGGUGGCAACUCUACCGAAUGCUUUGCAAGUUCCGCAGAGCCUAUUGUCAGUUCUGCGACAAUACACGGUUACGGCAGUAGCAACCAGAGCUUAAAUGUAAAAAUCGUGAAACGCUCUCAAUCACGACGUAAGUCAGAGCGACCAUGGUCGGUAUCAUGCCUGUCGCAACUGACUACUGAAACAGUGCCAACAGAGACGAUUGCACCUGUUGUGGGAAAUGCACAAACUGGACUUGCUACCCACUCUAUCAGCGAGUCAGCACUGGACUCUCUGUCUCCUGGCCGGCAACGUGUCUCUUCCUCAUCAACGAUAAAUGUCAACCAAGUAAAAGCGAGCAAUAGUAAGGGAUCUUUGAAACGCCGUAAAACUCGCAAGAAGAAAAUGUCAACCUCUGGAAAUUUAGGUGUUGUCGCGACAAAUACACACUCGGUGCUUAAGAAAAGCCCAGAUUCUGGCUCAGAGGAUACCGCCGAGAUGCCUCGGCUCACACAAACACUGCUCAUGAAGUCUUGUGAGUCCAUGUCUACGCAACAAAUACGCGAAAUAACAAGCGCGCUACUGUGCCUACAACGCGGUAAUGGCGCAAAUCUCAAUGAAGCUGCAACUGGUAGCAAUAAAAAUGCCGCACAAUACAGCUUGGAAGAGUCCAAACAGCACGCUAUACCGCAAUCACAGAAAGAUAUGGGCGAGGGAGUUCCAUUGAUGAAACCCAAUUUUCGAGUGGGCUCCUACACCACGGCAUAUAUGCGCAAUGAGAAGCGUUUGGGUUCGUUAGCCGCUUUGGCCACUUAUAUGAAUGAUGAAGAAGAAGAGCAACAGGGAGCUGCCACACCAGUGCCGCAAAAACAGCGAGAAUACACCACUGGCACUGAAGAUCAUCAUAGCAGUUUUUCAGAGACAGCUUGGGAUAAUUAUCAAGAAAAAUACAAUUCCGAAAAUUAUUCCGAAGGCUUCGAUUCGGAUGCAGCCAGGAAACUUAUGGAAUUCGGAGAUGAUUACAGAAAUUUCAUCGAUUCGCAGUCAGAUUGCUGUUCGUCGCUGUCUGCUGCCAACAAUUUGGAUUCGUUGUCGCCACCACGUAUGGACUCGUUGCAACAAGCAGACACGAAAGCGAUCACGCAAGAUACAAUUGCUAACAGUGUGGACCACGCCAGACGUCGCCGUGCACUUGACUUGGAAUACGAGCGAAGACGUAAAACAUUAGAGGUUCGUCGCAAAUCAUGUCAAGAUUCAACUGAUGCACUAAAUACGCGUACUCCCCUGAUAUCGACAUCAUCUUCAGUCAACGCAAUUACUCCUAGGAUUGGCUUUGAAAAAGCCAAUCAGCAAAGAAAAUCGGAUUCAACUGGUCGAAAAUUGGAGUUUGGUAUGAGUCAAUCGGCGCAGUCAUUGCGUCGCACCUCUGAAAGCGACACAUCAACUCGACGUCGCAAAAUUGACGACCGUCGUCGCUCAUCGCGCAACCUUGAUAAAAGUAUCAAAGUCAUACCGGCCACUUCUUCGUCCAGCUGCGAUGACUCCGACGAUGAAAAGGAGAUGCGUAAUUUACUACAACAAAGCAGAAAUCGUUUGGAAGACACGGAAGCCUUAAAAAUACGCUGUCACCUACUGCGUCCAGAAGAUUAUACGGAGAUCAUAAGCACUUGUCGUGACAACAUACGGUGUCUGGAAGCCGUACUACGUGGUCCGCCUGGCACAGUGCUCUCCGCACAGUGUGCCGGCCAGACAAAAGAUUUACUAGCGGCUUGGGAGGAUCUACUGAACUGGAGUGAAAAUGCUGCAUCUGCUCGUAAGAUGCAGGAAGAGAUGAUCAUCCUUAAGCACUCGCUUAGCAAAUUGGGUGAUAGUGGCACAUUUGAGCUACUGGAUACAGAGCCACAAAUCCAAGUCGCCAUCGAGGCUUUAAAGAAUGAGAAAACCGAACUGCAAAAUUACCGCACAAAUAUGCUAAGGCUUAACGCCAGUGUGCACAGUUGGUUAACGCGGCAAGAGAGACGCUUGCAGAAUGCCAUAGCAGCGGAGCAAUUGAAAAAUGCUGGAAAAGUCGAUGUUGAAUCGCUUAGUAGCCACACUAUGCCCAGUGACACCGAAGGAGAGGUAGCAAAGUGUUCAACACCUGCAGGCCUGCAAGGGGAAACGGAUACAGUGACUACAAAUAUAAAUGAUGCUACAAAGAAGCUGUCCGCUUCGAUUGGCACCAGCACUGUUGGUGGCAAUGCAAAAGUUUUGGACAUACAAACAUUAAUAAACUCGGAGAACGAAUUCCAUAAGCAUUUGAAGAACGAAGUGAGUGGAAUGUACAGUGCAUGGGAUGAUGCUGACGCAAGGAUAAACACACAAUUGGAGACACUUACUAACUCUUUGCUGGCUUGGCGCCAGUUGGAAAGUGGUCUGUAUGAAUUUCAGCAAGCGCUCGGUCAUGAUCGCGGCACACUGAAAGGACUAGAGGGCGCUCUAGAUAAAGGUCAAACAACGCCAGUGGAGCUCGCACAGAAUGUGAAAGUCGUUGCUAAAUUACUUUCGGAGCGUGUAAAUGUCAGCGAAGAACAGCUCACUGCAGUGCGGGAACAUCUGGACCCUAACCACAUAUUACAUAUCGCAAAAUUCACUGCUUCAAAUGGUUCACUUUCGGAUUCUGGCAUUUCGGAUGGUGGCGCUACUUCGGAUGGCGGUUUAUCUGAACGCGAACGCCGACUCGGAGUAUUGCGACGUUUAGUAAAGCAACUUGAACUGGCGCUAGCACCUGGCAGUGAAGCAAUGAAAUCGAUUGCAGUGCGCAUGGAAUCAGCUGAAGCGGAACUCAAGAAUUUGCAAAAUACUUGUCGUGAUUUGAUUGUGCGCACAGCUGCCACGCACCAAAAUAAGAAAAUGCAACAGCAAUUGCAGAAAACCGAAGCACAACAACUACUCGUACCUGUUACUGAAAUUGGCGUCAAAGGCACUGAGAGCGCUAAAUCUAAUGGCAAUGCCUUUGGCAAAAAAGGAAGUCCCACUCAUGACCAGAAUAGCGCCGCUAUGCCAAGUAAAGCAGCAUCAACAAGAAAUGGCCGACAGAAAAAGCAGAACAAAAGACCUUCAGGGUCAGAUAACAAUUUGGAUAACAACAAUGACAGCAACACCAACAACGCUUCCGAUGCCAGCGAAGUUCGUAGAUAUUUGUCUGCCGCUGCCCCGGACUCUGGUGACCCCGCUGAUGAUCCGGAUUUGGAGUUUGAUUUGGACACAGCAGACAAAAAGAACGAUAAGCUACCCCAUAAUAGUUGGGCUUGGCGCAUAGCAAAGGCAGCGGUGCCCAUGCAACUGGCACUAAUAACCUUCCUAUGUGCCGCUUGUCUGAUGCAGCCCAACUGUUGUGACAACCUCAACAAUUUAUCAAUGAGUUUUACGCCUCAAUUGCGCUACAUACGUGGUCCUCCACCGAUUUGAGAUACUUGCUAUCGGUUGCUCCUUAGGCUAGGGUAGAAACUAACGUGGCGAGUCAUAAUACGACCCUCCUGCUGCUCAAGUUGACAGCUUACCGUUUAAGCAGGUAUCCGAUGCAUUCGAAAUUGGUUCAUAUUGUUGGGUUAUUAAAAAACCCAAUCAAAUUUCCAAUUGCAAUAGAUUUUUUUCAUUGUUUAGAUAAAAUCGAUACCUAUUAAGAUGCAAAGUGAAAUAAUUGGGAUGGAAAGGGACACUUAGUUUAGAGGUGAAGGCAAUUAAAUUAUUUAGAUUUUAAAAGUAAUUGAAAGGAGAAGGUGAAACUGCAAAAAGCGUUUUGGAAAACAAAUAGCAUAUCAAUAUGAAAACCAGCCAUUACUAGAUAUAGUUUGGUGUACUGGUGUCACAAAUUCCGUCAUUAUGCUGAAUGUUGAAAUCAUUGGAAUGAUUAUAUUGUAUGGAAUUGGUCAAUUUAGACGCAUCACAAUGUUGUGAGCACAAAACACUGCGGCAUAUUCCAAAGGAAUAAAGUUGUUCUAAAUUGCGCGAAGAUUACGAAAGGUUAUGAUGAUUCACAAUUUAGCCGAUAGCUAAAUGUUUAUUGAGUUAGUAGAGCAAUAACUAUUAUGAAAUUUGCAGAAAUUGUUGGGUGUAUAAUAUACAGCUACUUUUUUGUUUCGAAAACACUAAAAUGCCUGAUUACAUAUGGGGCCGCGAAUGGCUCAGUAACUUAUAUUUAAAAAUGUUCCUUAUGAAAUUACUUAUCAAACUAAAAGCGAUGGCAGGUAAAUUAAUUUCAGACUAUAUUAAAUGAAAACCAACACAUAUACACAAAUAUGAUGAAUUACAAAUUGAUGACUGACAUUUUA